CCACUCCAAAAGCAUAGCGACCGGUUUCGCCGGCAGCCAUCAGCCAUGCACAGCCUUCUGCCCAUCCUCCUCUGCUCGUUUCUCCUCGCAACGGCAGCCAACGCCGACAACCCGUUCUACACAGGCUGUCCGAACAACACGAACUACACGCGCGGCAGCGCGUUCCAGGCCAACCUCAACGCCCUCCUCGCAUCCCUCCCCUCCGCGGCCGCCGCGUCAGCGGGUUUUGCCACGAACACCACCGGCACCGCGCCCGACCAGGCGUAUGGCCUCGCGCAGUGCCGCGCCGACGUGAACGCGUCGGACUGCCGCGCGUGCCUCGACGGCUCGACGCGGGACAUGGCCAGGGUGUGCCCAGGCCAGAAGAGCGCCAUGCUCAUCUACGACGCGUGCCAGCUGCGGCACUCCAACGCGAGCUUCUUCGGCGCCGUCGACGCGUCGGUCGUGGUCUGGCAGCCUAACGCGCAGAACGCGACGCAGCAGGAGCAGUUCACGACGCGGCUCGGCGCGCUCAUGGGCAGCGUCACGGAGAGGGCGGCGUACGCGUCCCCGCGGAGGUUCGCGGUCGGCUCGGCCGCCGUGACGCCCUUCGUGAACGUCUACGGCAUGGCGCAGUGCACGCGGGACCUCGCCGGCGACGACUGCAACCGCUGCCUCGUCGGCGCCGUCUCGUUCAUCCCGACGUGCUGCGACGGCAGGCAAGGCGCCCGCAUCGUGUACCCGAGCUGCUCCAUCCGGUUCGAGGUGUAUCCGUUCUACGACGCCCAGGCUGCCGACGCGGCGAUGUCGCCGGCACCGGCACCGGGAGCCGGAUCCGUCAACGGCAGCGACCAGUCGGGCCUAGGAGAAAGCGGGAGCGGCAGUCACAAGGUCCGGGCAGCUCUUCUUGUGGCAAUUCCUGUCGCUGUUGCGCUGCUGCAAGUUGCUGUCUUCCUCUUCCUCCGCAAGAGGAACAGACAACCGCACAAGCAUGUGCAGGUUGCAAGCAACGUACACGAAGAUGAAGAAGACAUGACAAGCUCAGAGUAUCUCCUCUAUGAUCUGAGCACCCUACGAGCUGCCACGGACAACUUUUCGGAAGAAAAUAAGCUCGGCGAGGGAGGGUUUGGGCCAGUGUACAAAGGCACGCUGCAAGACGGGCAGGAGAUUGCAGUGAAGAGGCUGUCAGCAACUUCGCAGCAAGGGCAGGUGGAGAUGAAGAACGAGGUGGUCCUGUUGGCGAAGCUCCAGCACAGGAACUUGGUACGCCUGCUCGGCUGCUGCACCGAGGAACACGAGAGGCUCCUCGUCUACGAGUUCCUCACCAACAACAGCCUCGACAAAAUCCUCUUCGAUCCAGCACGGCGGCAGGAGCUGGGCUGGGGACUGAGGCAGAGGAUCAUCGAGGGCAUCGGCCGCGGGCUCCUCUACCUCCACGAGGAAUCGAGGCUGACCAUCAUCCACCGGGACCUCAAGGCCAGCAACAUCCUGCUGGACGCGGACAUGAACCCCAAGAUCUCCGACUUCGGCUUGGCCAAGCUGUUCAGCCUCGACUCCAGCGUGGGAAACACCAGCCACAUUGCCGGAACAUACGGAUACAUGGCGCCGGAGUACGCCAUGCACGGCCUCUUCUCGGCCAAGUCGGACGUCUUCAGCUACGGCGUCCUUGUCCUCGAGAUCGUCACCGGCCGCCGCAACUCGUACACGCAUGCUUCAGGACCGUCUGAAGAUCUGCUUACAUUUGUUUGGACGCACUGGAGCCGUGGGAGCGUGCAGCCUCUGCUGGAGGGGUGCCCCGACGAGGGGCUCCGUGCGCAGGAGAUGCUGAGGUGCAUCCACGUCGCUCUGCUCUGCGUCCAGGAGGAUCCGCUCGACCGCCCCAGCAUGGCAUCGGUCGUCGUCAUGCUCAACAGCCGCUCCAUCACGCUGCCGGCGCCCGGCGCGCCAGCGUACGCGGUGCCCCGCCGUGGAACCACGGUCAGGAGCGCGGCUCGCCAGGGCCUGGUGGAUGCCGCGGCAUCUAGGGAGCAGUCCGUUAACGGCGCCUCCUUUUCUGACAUGGAGCCGCGCUAAUGAAUCUGCUGCACUGCAACAUGGACGUCAAUCGUGAUGUUUUAUUAGGUUCAAUUUUGUAAGUACGAUUUUUGAAUUACUGGAGUUGUUU